AUGGCGAAUUUUCAACACCCAUUCCAGCGCUUGCAAUAUGUCAAGCGUCAGUCCCAGGACUUGUCUGAUGUACUAGUUGCCUCUGCAGGCCUGUAUUUGUACUCUUAUGCCGCGGCCGAUGGCCAGCGCCUGGACGUGUGGCCCCAACAUGUAGCAGAGUCUACAACCGCUGCGGCGUCCUCUUCAGAGGGUCAGAGCCCCCCGGAAAAGAGAAGAAAGCUUUCAACCGAGUUUGAAGGCAACAAGGAGAAGGACACCUCGAACUAUAAGCCCACCUGGUCCAAUAUCCCUCUUAUGGUGGCUUCCUCCGACGGAAAGUAUGUAGUCAUUCUAACCGCCGAAGACAAAUCUAUUCGGGUUCUGGAAUUGAAGAAUGAUGGAAAAUUACAAGAACUGAGCUCUCGAACAAUGCCCAAGCGGCCUAGUGCCUUAGCCUUGACUCCAGACAAUCAAACUAUCCUCGUUGGGGAUAAGUUUGGCGAUGGCUAUUCUAUGCCAUUGACUCCUGGAGAGUACGUCAAGACUAGUAGUGAGAAAAAACUUCAAGCUCCCGCUGCUACUAAUCUCACGGUGCACACCAAGCGCAACUUGGAAUCCCUAGAGCAACAAAAGCGGGAGCAACAGAAGCGAGAGUCAGCGACUGGAGAGCCUGCCAAAGAAAAGACUAGUCUCGACUUUGAGCACCAGGUAGUUCUUGGCCAUAUGUCGGUCUUGACGGAUCUGAUCUCCGUGUCUCUGUCUGGACGAAAUUACGUUCUGACGGCUGACCGCGAUGAGCAUAUUCGUGUCUCUCGAGGCAUUCCUCAAGUACACAUCAUUGAACAGUACUGCCUGGGCCAUACUUCCCUCAUUAGCAAGCUUUGUAUCCCUUCGUGGGCACCCAAUGUUCUGAUUUCUGGUGACGCUGAUGGUCAGCUGUUUCUCUGGAAUUGGACUGAGGGGCAGGUCCUUCAGCAGAUCUCGCUGCAGGACAUUCUGCAGACACCAGACAUUAUGGUGCGUGGGAUCCAGGACGUAGUCCUCGGCACGACUGAUCCUGUGAGGAUUAUUGUGGUCAGCUUGGAAGGGUCUUCACAAAUCGUUUGCUUCACAAUAGAGGGAAAUGCUUUGAAAUUCCAGGACACUGUCCAGCUUUCUGGGAACAGUCUUGAUGUGGUUGGAGCUGAUGCAAGUGGUUCUGUCAUCGUUUCGGUGGAUGCUGUACGGGAAGCAGGCUCAACGAACACAUGGAGGUCGAGCCCCAAUACAACCCAAGCUCUUCUCCAGACUUUUGAGGCUCGCCCUGGUCAGAAUGGUCUCCAAUUCAUUCUGCUAGAGAGCCCAGUGGCAUCCAGUAUCAACUCAUCUGGCACCUCUGAUCUCUCUGCCAGUCUCGAGGCGAAGAAACGGAAGGAGAUUGAUGAUUCUAUGUACACUCUGGGUAAUCUCAAGAAGAAAAAGUGGGAUGAAUAA